UACAUUUGUCGGUCAUCGAUCAGAGCUGAGCCUUGUUUGUUCGAGAGCCGAAUAGGAUCAACAAUUUUUGGGAAAGAAAUACACUUCAAAAUAAUCGAUAAUGGGUUCCAGAACGUCUUCUCUCCUGCAACAGGAGGAAAUAGAGGAAAUUCAGCAAGAAACGGGUUUUUCUCCCAAACAAAUUGUCCGAUUGUACAGUCGCUUUACAAACUUGGAUAAGAGUGACAGAGGAAUGCUCAGGGUGGAGGAUCUGUACCGCAUCCCAGAGCUGGUCAUCAACCCGUUAGGAGAACGUAUCAUCCAGACAUUCUUCUUAGAGUGUGAGUCUGAUCAGAUCAACUUCAGACAGUUUAUGAAGACCCUAGGGCUCUUCAGACCCUACAAGAAACGCUAUGGUCCGGAGGCCAUCAACACCAGAGAGAAGAAACUCAAAUUUGCCUUCCAAAUGUACGAUGUGGACAAUGAUGGCAGCAUAGCACGAGACGAGCUGCUGGUACUGCUCCAUAUGAUGGUUGGAUCUAACAUCACGGAAGAGCAACUUGGUGCUAUCGCAGACCGUACCCUCUUAGAAGCAGACUUGGAUGAAGAUGGUCAGAUCUCAUUUGAAGAAUUUAUCAAGGCACUUGAGAAGUCUGAUUGUGAACAGAUGAUGAGCAUUCGCUUCCUCAACUAGAGUCCAUGAUUCUGCAAAUGGAUCAAAACUAUGACUGAAAAUAAAUGCAAGAAUAAUUUGGAAAAUUAGCACAAGUCUGAUUCAGGAUAUUGACAAUGGAUCUAAACCAUCCUCCCGUCAGUGGAAAUGCUGGAACCUCAUCUUUAUUCUAGAUUGGAUGUUGGAUCUGUAGUUUUCCUGUUCAACGUUUGCAGGGCUGAUAUCCUAUCCCUUGAACCGAAAUCCAAAUUCAUCCCUUUUUUUCAUAGCAUAUGCAUGGUACAUACUCCUACCUGAAAUGUUGAUAUGUAUGAAAGGCACAAUAUUAGCUGGUCUACUAAUAAUAAGUUGAUCACUGUUUAUCUCUUCUUCUUCGGAUUUAUAUUUGUAUUAAAUAUUUUACUGAAUAACACUUUAGAUGAAAAAGAAUGUGGAAUUAGAUUACAUGUAAAUGCUGGAAGCGUAUUAUACAUUAUGCAAAUAUUUUAAAGUUUAUACUACUCAGCUAUAUUAAUGUGUUGUCCAUAAAAGAAUAUUUUAUCCCAUCUUUGCUUGCUUGCCACUUGCUCCAUUGUAGAUGAUAGAUUCAUGCAUCAAGAUCAAAUACAUAUAAUUUACAAGUAAACCUAUGGAUCAAAUAAGAAAUACCAGAUCUUUUGAGGAUGAAUGAUAUUUCACUUUAUCCGGCCCUUGUAUGUUAUUUGUAUGUGAUGAGAAAAUUAUGUGUUGCCUAGGAUUAAUUAUGACUAGAUUAUCAACAGUACUUUAAGAUUACCAAACGUUAUUGCUAAAUACUGUUUGUAAAAUGCUUAUGAUGUAUAUUUCAAGCACAAUUGUUCAUGAAUAAGGUUAUGGUAUGUAAGGGUUUGUUUUGUUAUCUCUGCCAGGAAAAUAUUGGUUUAAGUUCAAUUUAGUGCAAUUAUGAAAGAAAAUUAUGACCAUAUUUUUUCAUGAGGUAAAAAACUUCAAAAAAUAAUUUGUGCACAGCUUCAUGUAGAGUAUAUAAAAUAAACCUUAGAAAAAAAGAAUUACACUGCAUUCUAUUGAUUAACGGAUAAGGAGUAUAAUGAAAAUGAAGAAUAACGUAAAAGUACGCACACGGAGCCCAAGUGAGGGCCCUAUUUUAUGCGAGUGCAUACGGAUAUGUUAAGUAGCCUACUCACAAGUUGCUUUUAUGUUAAUUGAGAGUAUUUAAACUUGCAAAAUUUCUUGUCAGAAGUAAUAUUUGAAGUUCAUAAUUUUGUGAUGAUUGGUACACUUUGAGACUUAUGGAACAUACCCAACAGAUCUUACAUUGGAUCUAUGUAUUGCUUUGACAUGCAUGGAAUUGCAACUGAAAUAAUAUGAAAGUUUACAAUUGUUUGCUCUCUUUAAAUAAAAAUGUUACUGCUGUAUAUACCAUAUGCAGAUUACUCUUUGUUUAGGAACUGCACUAUUUUCAUUAUAAAGCAGUGGAAAAUUCAUAUCUAUCCUUAAAAAGUACCUAUAUUAUAGGGUAUAUUUGAGUAGCUCAUAAAUAUAUAUAAAAUAUGAAUUACCUGUAAACUAACUCAGCAGCGACCUGAUUCACCAUUUUUCAACGCUGUGAGGUGAAUUUUGUUGAAUAUCAUUGAUAAUAAUUUGUUUUUCAAUGAAUUGGUGUAUUAUUUUGUAACAAAAUGUUUAUAUGAAUCUUUUAUCAUCUAUGUAAUUUAAAUAAAGUAUAAAAGAAAUAAAGGAAAUAUAUCACAGAAAGUAUAAUGUUAUAACA